AUGUUACAUUUUAGAUCUAAAAAUGUUUUUAAAUUGUUUAGCUCUGGACACAGACAGUAUAGUCAAUGUUGCCCGCCGCGAAACGUGAAUAACCCUUGCCCACCACUGCCUCCAAAGCCUGGUGCCCCGAAAAGGAUACUACCUCAAUCAGAGUGUCGACCUGGACCCAUACCACCUAACCCAUGUGUUCCUAGGUUUCCUCCUGGAAAGGACAGCUGGAAGAAAUAUAAAUACAUAGUAUUUUUUGUGUCCUUCCCAUUGAUAAUUAUGCAAGCUUUAAACGCGUUCAGUCACCAUCCACCUGAGAAGAACCCUGAAGACUGUCGUGACUUCGAAUACAUGCGUAGAUUUACAAAGAGAUUUCCGUGGACAGACGGAGACAGAAAGUCACUGUUUCAUAAUGAUCAUGUUAAUUUCGCAGUAGGUGAAUGUGAACCACCGGAAAUAGACUGUGACUGA